UCCCGACUCGUUUUCCACAUAAUGUGGGGCGCGCGUUCUCUGCGCGGCGGAGUGCUUCCUACAGCAAUAGCCGCUUGACUGAAAGGGGGAACCCGGCUCCCUUUUCGUCCUCUACUCCCUUAGGAUCAAGAGGAGUUUGCAUGCAAAAGGUGGUUUAUCGCGGCAAGCCAUGGAGGGACUUGCCUAAAGAGGAUCCGACAUAAUUGAAGAGUUUUUCAUUAUUUUUACUUUUUUGGGGGGAGGGAGGGGGUCAUCUUCCCAGAACUUUACUUUUCCAUCACCAUGGCUGAGAAGCUUGGACCAGCCGGAGUUAAGUCCGCCAACAUCCGAACUGCUCCCUCACUUCCCCCUGAGCCCAUCGACAUCAUCCGCACCAAAGCCCGCUCCCGCAGAGUCCGCCUUAAUGUUGGGGGUCUGAACCAUGAAGUCCUGUGGCGCACCCUAGACCGGCUACCCAGGACCCGACUUGGCAAGCUUCGAGAGUGCAACAGCCACGAGUCUCUGAUGGAAAUCUGUGAUGACUACAGCCUGAAUGAGAAUGAAUACUUCUUCGAUCGGCACCCGGGGGCCUUCACCUCCAUUUUGAACUUUUACCGCACAGGCAAGUUACACAUGAUGGAGGAGAUGUGUGCACUUUCAUUUGGCCAGGAGUUAGACUACUGGGGGAUUGAUGAGAUCUACCUGGAGUCUUGCUGCCAGGCCCGUUACCACCAGAAAAAAGAGCAGAUGAAUGAGGAGCUGCGGAGGGAGGCAGAGACAAUGAGGGAGAGGGAGGGAGAGGGAGAGUUUGAUAACACCUGCUGCCCGGACAAGAGGAAGAAACUGUGGGAUCUCCUGGAGAAACCCAACUCCUCAGUGGCUGCCAAGAUUCUAGCCAUCAUAUCAAUACUAUUUAUCGUCCUCUCCACCAUCGCACUUUCUCUCAACACUUUACCAGAGCUCCAGUACACAGACGAGUUUGGCCAUCCCAAUGAUAACCCCAACCUGGCCCAUGUGGAGGCUGUGUGUAUUGCCUGGUUCACCAUGGAGUAUCUCCUUCGCUUCCUCUCUUCUCCUAAUAAGUGGAAGUUCUUCAAAGGCCCCCUUAAUGUCAUUGACUUGCUGGCCAUUUUACCCUACUAUGUCACCAUUUUCCUAACAGAGUCCAACAAGAGCGUGCUCCAGUUCCAAAAUGUGCGCCGCGUGGUGCAGAUAUUCAGGAUCAUGAGAAUACUGAGGAUCCUGAAGUUAGCCAGACACUCCACAGGGCUCCAGUCUCUAGGAUUUACUUUGAGGAGGAGCUACAAUGAGCUGGGGCUACUUAUCUUAUUUCUUGCCAUGGGCAUCAUGAUAUUUUCCAGUUUGGUAUUCUUUGCUGAAAAAGAUGAAGAUGCCACCAAAUUCACCAGUAUUCCUGCCUCAUUCUGGUGGGCCACCAUUACAAUGACUACAGUGGGCUAUGGUGACAUUUACCCACAGACUUUACUUGGAAAGAUUGUGGGUGGACUUUGCUGUAUUGCAGGUGUGCUUGUCAUUGCCCUACCAAUCCCCAUUAUUGUCAACAACUUCUCUGAAUUCUACAAAGAGCAGAAGAGGCAGGAGAAAGCCAUCAAGAGAAGGGAGGCCCUGGAGAGAGCCAAAAGGAAUGGUAGCAUUGUGUCAAUGAACCUAAAAGAUGCCUUUGCUCGUAGUAUGGAGCUGAUGGAUGUGGUGGUAGAUAAAGGAGAGGACAAGACCUCCCUUGACAACCACCUGUCGCCUAGCCGCUGGGGCAGCAAUACCAGGCAUGCCUCCUCUGAAACCAAUCUGAAAUCACCUGAUAAAAGAAAUCUGGAGUUUCUGUCGCAAAGUUCCCCCCAUCGUAUAACAAUCACCACAACUGGAAGUCCACAGCGGAUAUCCAGGACCCCACAGCACCUUGAUGUUCAGAAACUAGAGGAGUUCUACAACCAGAUGACCAAGUCACAGUCCUUCAGCAAUCUCAACACUACAGGCUCCAUGAGCACUCUGAGCACAACUAUGACUGCCCCAGCAUCACCGAAGAAAUCCCAUAGCUCUGAAUUUGCAUUAAAAGAGGAGGUGGAGCUGGAGAUGAAGGAGGUCCAGCCAGAAAACUUUGGAAGCCAUUCAGCGGGCAUCAAAAAACAGGGCUCAUACUCAGGCGAGGAUGAUGCUAGGCCAUGUCGGAUCACACAUCCCAGAGCCCCACCACCUCUUGAUCUUAGCUUACUGGGGGUCAGUGAUGACCAGAGGUUUCUUAAAGAUGGUCUCUAUGAGUCCAUCAAAGCAAAUGAUGAAUCAGAGCUCUACAUAGAGGAAGGGGAGAGCUUCAACAGUGCUGUGGAGAAUAUCCGGAGUUCUCCAAGACGGAAUAAUCCUCUUAAAAUAAAAGGGUUGAAGGUCAAUUACACUAAAACCUGUGCUGAAGGCCCUCUAACACCACCCAGCACUACCUCUCCUGGAGACAUCAGCUCUAGCAUCCUGGAAGAUGAGUCUCCAGUGGGAGAGACAUCACCACUCAUCCCCAGUUCAGGCGGGCUUCUUCCAAUCACAAUGGAAGACACCUGCCAUCUGGCCCCUAAGAGACUGGUGGUGGACACCCCACCAGGGGAUGAAGAUCAAUCCACAGAGAACCAUGAAGAGAAGCAUCUGAUGGAGGUGGCGGGAGCGGCAGUUGCACCAUUGUCACCCAAGACAGCAGCACAAAAUUGCACCCAAGGUGUGGUUGGGGCAGGUGAGGAGGUUAAAGCUGACAGCAACCAAAGUGGACACAAAGUAGAGAACCACAUGUUUACAUCCGAUAUCCACCUGAUACCCGGGGAUGGCAGCCUCUCUCCAACAUGUGAAACCAGCAUGUGAAUGUAAGGAAUACUUUGAGGGACAACAGACCUACCAUAACCUCAGCCUGGAGUCUGGGAGAGCAGGGAG